AAAAGAAAAAAAGUUUUGUUUUUAUGAUAGCCGGCGAUGCCUACGCCGCUGAGUAUAGCGCGGCAAUGCUUAACGCCAGAGGCAGCUCACGCGUUAGACGAGGCGGUGAGAGUCGCACGACGGAGGGGACACGCGCAAACGACGUCGCUCCAUGCCAUUUCCGCUCUUCUUUCUCUCCCUUCAUCCCCACUACGUGACGCCUGCGCUCGUGCCCGUAACGCGGCUUUCUCCCCUCGCCUCCAAUUCAAAGCGUUGGAGCUUUGCCUUAGCGUGUCGCUGGACCGAGUCCCCUCGAGUCAACUCAGCAACGAUCCGCCCGUCUCCAACUCGCUAAUGGCCGCCGUAAAGCGGUCACAGGCGAAACAGCGAAGACAGCCCGAAAAUUUCUAUCUUUAUCGCGACAUGUCGCAGCAAAAUCCUUCCAAUAAUAUCUCAUGUGUCAAAGUGGAGCUCCAACACUUGAUUUUAUCCAUCCUCGAUGACCCAGUUGUUAGUCGGGUCUUCGGCGAGGCAUGUUUCCGGAGCUCAGAGAUCAAGCUGGCAUUCAUCCGCCCCCUCCCUAGUCUCUUAAGAUACUCCCGAUCACGUGCCUCACCGGUUUUUCUUUGCAAUCUUGAAAAUUCGGAAUCGGAUCAUGGAAACACCCGGAUCCCAGUACAUCGGGGCUUCAGUUUCUCGUUCCCGGGUUUUGCAUCGUUUUAUGAAGGAGAAGAAAACUGUAGGAGAAUAGGAGAAGUUUUGGCGCGAAGGAGGAAUCCGCUACUCGUUGGUGUAUGCGCAAACGAUGCAAUCGCGAAUUUCACGGAAUCAUUGGAGGAAAAAAAGGAUGGAUUUUUGUCCAAAGAAAUCCGGGGGUUAAACAUAAUUAGCAUCGGAAAAUUUAUGUUGAAGUGCAUUAAUGAAGGUUUUGAUAAAGGGAAGAUGGAUUCAAAAUUCGAAGAAAUGGGUCGGGAAAUGGAAGGAUCCGGAUCUGGGGUGGUGGUGAAGUAUGGGGAUUUGGAAAAUUUUGUCAGUGGAAAAGAUGAAGACAAGAACGACGGCGUUAGUUAUGCGGUUGGACAGUUAACGAGGUUAUUACAAGUGUAUGGAGGUAAAAUCUGGUUGUUGGGAGCUGCAACCAGUUACCAGACAUAUUUGAAAUUCUUAAGCAGGUUUCCUUCAGUUGAAAAAGUUUGGGAUUUGCAGAUUUUGCCUAUCACUUGUGUUAAGAAUUCACUGGCUCAGUCUUACCCCAAGUCCAGCUUGACGGAGUCGUUUGUUCCAUUUGGUGGGUUCUUUGCUACACCAUCCGAGUCAAAGGGGUCCUUAAGCAGCUCAUAUCGACAUGUACCCCGCUGUCAUCUAUGCGACGAGAGGUGUGCACGAGAAGUGAUGGCGAUUUCAAAGGGAGGAUUCAGUGUUUCCGUGGCAGAUCAGUGUCGAUCUACUUUGCCUUCUUGGUUGCAGAUGACAGAGGUUGGAGACUUGAAGGCCAAAGAUGGGCAGUUAUUAAACACCAUGGUAGCAGGAUUGCAAAGCAAGUGGGACAAUAUUUGCCAGCGCCUUCAUCUCACUCAUCCAGGCCCCCACUCAAACACUUAUAGAGAAAAUCCUCCAUUACCAACUGUUCCGGGCUUUCGCUUCAUCCAAUACAAGAAGGAAAUUGCUUGUGGUCAUAGUAGCGGCAAUAGAAAUGCAGCCUAUGGUGAAAAUAAUCUCAUAAAUUUAACUUCCUCUGUAGUAUCCAGGACUGAAAAUGGAACUUUCCUGCCCAAACUAGGGGGGAAACCUUCAAAAGGAGGUGUUUUCAAAGCAACUGAACCCGUAUCUCCUUACUGUUUUUCCAAUUCAAGCGUGGGUGAUGCUAGUCAAGCAUCACCUACAUCUCUGACUUCUGUGACAACUGAUUUGGGGUUGGGUUUAUGCUCGAUUUCCCCAAGCAAGACCUCGAUGAAACCUUCAAAUCGAAACCAUCCAGAUUUACUUCCUGCAAAUGUUGAUGCUAUUAAUGGGACUGUCUCUAGCCAUCCAUCUCAGUCCUCAUCCUCUUCCUCUCCUGACUUUGGUGGAAAGCUUAACGUAAGCAAUUUCAAGAAGCUUUUUGAAGCUGUCAUCGAAAAAGUUGGAUGGCAACCUGAAGCUGUAAGUGUUAUAUGCCAAACAGUUGCCAGUGGCCGUGCACCAAACCAAACAUGUCACAGAGCCAGUCGAAGAGGUGAUAUAUGGUUGAAUUUCUCUGGACCUGAUAGAUGUAGCAAAAAGAAAAUUGCUGUUACCCUUGCAGACAUAAUAUAUGGAACCAGAGAAAAUUUCAUCUGUGUGGAUCUAAGUUCCCAAGAUGGGGUGGUGACGGGCAUGCAGUUUCGCUUCAGUUCCCGGGAAGUGAAUUAUGAUUCAAGGUUCCGAGGGAAGACUGUGGUUGACUAUAUUGCCGAUGAGUUGAGCAAGAAGCCCUUGUCUGUUGUCUUCCUUGAAAAUGUAGAUCGAGCUGAUAUUCAGGUUCAGAGCUGCUUGUCCCAAGCUAUCCGAACUGGCAAGUUUUCAGACUCGCAUGGAAGAGAAGUUGGCAUCAGCAAUGCGAUAUUCGUGACAACUUCAACAUUAACCAAGGGAAGUCAAGUUGUUUGUUAUAAACAACAAACAUCUAACUAUUCUGAAGAGAAAAUAUUGAGAGCCAAGGGUAGGCCACUGCAGCUAGUGAUCAAGUAUGAUGACAACAUAAUUACAAAAACAAAUAGCAUCUCUAAGCAGGGGCUGUUGAAUAAAAGAAAGCUGAUCGGUUCCCAUGAAACUCUGGAGCAGCAUGAGAUGAUGGAAAUUACCAAGCGGGCUAACCGAACAUUGUCUUUGAAUCUAGAUUUGAACAUUCCGGCUGAAGUAAGUGUAUUGCAGGAAACUGAUGAAGCAACUGUUGACAAUGACUGUGUCGAUGAGAGCCCCAUGCAUUGGUUGCAGGAUUUCUUUGAUCAAUCUAUCAAGAACGUGGUAUUCAAGUCAUUUGAUUUUGAUGCACUUGCGGGGGAAGUACGUGACAACUUAAACCAGAGUUUCCACAAGUCGAUAGGAGCAGAGUGUUCGUUAGAGAUAGAGUCGGAAGCUAUGGAACAACUAGUAGCAGUUGCAUAUUUAUCCGAUGAGAAAAGGCUGUUGAAGGAUUGGGUGGAACAAGUUCUUAGCAAGGGAUUUGCUGAAGUAGAGAAAAAGCGCAACCUCAACGCUCACACUGUGGUGAAACUUGUCCCCUAUGAGGGCUUCCCUUCUGAGGAGCAAACACUAGGACUAAGUGUUUGUGCUCCCCCAAGAAUUAUUCUCAAUUAAUAUAAGCAUGUUUAGCUUCAUAAUCCCAUGAUUUUUGGGGCACCUUCCAGUUCCAGGUAGAUAGGUCGUGUAUAAUCAAAUCUGCAGUGAAGUGUUGGUGAAAAAGACCCUUUUUUUUCAGUUUUUUGCUUGGUUUGAUUGCCUAUGGGUGUUUUUGAUAUUGAAUGAAGUAAUCAUUUUCUUA